CCCACUCCCUCCAGCCUCUGAAGGGUUAAAAAAACAAAACCCACCCAGAUUUGGGUCAGGGGCUCAGCCAAUCGCCUCCAUCCUUGGCUCCGGCUCGCCCAGCCAGCCAAUAGCGUGGGGCUUGUGUCUGUGCGCUGGGUUUUUGCGGUGGGGGGGCAUCUUCGCUUACACCUGCUCGGACGGGAUCGGGGCGCUCCCCCUCCCUUCGGGAAAGGGAGCGGCUGGAAAGGGAUCGGCGCUGCACCUGCUCGGGGGCAGGGGGGAGCGAUCGGGCUGGAAGGGGGAGCCCCCCCCCCGUACCCAGGAUCCAGCAAGAACCUGGCGAUCCCCUGCCCCCCUCGCUCGAAGCAGCACCGUCUCUGAGCCGGACCCCGGACGCCUCCACGCCGUCAUGUCGACCAUCAAUCCAGAAUAUGACUACUUGUUCAAACUCCUCCUGAUCGGGGACUCCGGGGUCGGCAAAUCCUGCCUCCUGCUGCGCUUCGCGGAUGACAAUUACACAGACAGCUACAUCAGUACCAUCGGGGUGGACUUCAAGAUCCGGACCAUCGAGCUGGAGGGGAAAACUAUCAAACUUCAGAUAUGGGACACGGCCGGCCAGGAGCGCUUCCGGACGAUCACGUCCAGUUACUACAGAGGUGCGCACGGUAUCAUCAUUGUGUAUGAUGUAACGGACCAGGACUCGUUCAGCAACAUGCACCUGUGGCUGGAGGAGAUCGGCCGCUACGCCAGCGAAAACGUCAACAAGCUGAUUGUGGGCAACAAGAACGACCUGACGUGCAAGAAGGUGGUGGAUUACACCACGGCCAAGGAAUACGCGGACGCGCUGGAGGUGCCGUUCCUGGAGACCAGCGCCAAGACCGCCACCAACGUGGAGCAGGCCUUCGUCACCAUGGCGGCCGAGAUCAAGAACCGGGUGGGCAGCGGCCUCCCCCACAGCGACAGCCACCAGCCCAACCCCCACAUCCAGAGCGCCCCCCUGCGGCAGGGCCGGGCCGGCGCAGGGGAGGGCAGCGACGGAGGUCCGGGCUGCUGCUAGGGAGGGGGUUUUCCCCACCCACUUACCCCUUGGUGGGGAGCUUCUCGGUGUCUGGGACUAUGGCUGGGGGUCAGGACGGCUGGGCAGGGGGACCCUUUGCAGCACCCUAUUUAUUUGCAAUAGAUUUUUACAGGCUGCGAUCCAGCUCCCCCCAUCCCUCUCCAACCGCAUGGGCGCACCGUCCCCCUUGGCUAGCCAAGAGACACUCAGGGCCGGCUACUGAUCUGGGCUCCUGGCGGGCUGAGGUACUCCAAGCUCCAUCCUCUCCUCCCCUUGUCAUUCCCGAUCCCCGCUGCAUGGCCAUACAGCCAGCCCUGCUCUGCACCCUUCAGGCUUCUGGAAGGGCGCCAGCUGAAUGCCGGAGGACGCGCGGUGCCUCCCUGCGUGGGGGUGGAAGGCGCCGUAGCCACAGACCGAGCAGCGAGGAACUGUGCGUGACACCCAGGACAAAAGCAGAACGCGCCAUAGCCUGCGUCCCCUCUUAACACAGCCUCGCGGGCGUCUGGCGCCAAGUUAGCGUCUUCUUCGUGUCCAAAUGCUUGAAUUUCUUCCCCCUUGGCUCAAGACUGAAGAGCGGCUUGAACAUGCAAAGCUUGGGCAGAAAGGCGACUCGGGCCGGGUCUCGAAGGCCCUGCAGCCGGAGGCAAUUUCUGACAGCAGGGGCCUUGUUAAUCCAGAGUGAGAUCCCGUGGCUGGGCGGGGUCAGCUGGAAAACGGGGUGCAGGUUUUUAACACCAUGGGCGGUGAGCCAGCGGAGGAGCUCUCUCAGCGCCGGGCUGGAGUCUUCAUCACUCUGGCGUCUGAGAGCCGAGCGAGCUCCCCCACCAGCUAGGGGCUGAAUGCUGGAAUUCUGGUGUGUGAGGCGCCAGCCUGGCUUACGGGGAGGUUUUUGACAAGAAAGAUUUGAAGGAGGGUCAAAUUUCAAUCCUGCCUCCCUGGCAGAAUCUCCCCCCCCCCCCCCGGGAUUGAAACCCCCCCUUGCUCACAACUGAUGUUUUUAAAAGCUGCCUCCAGCCCACGGCGGGGAGAGUUUGACAAAUUCCUCCCCGCUGAGCGGGGCCGCGGAGGGAUGAGGACCUUGCUGCGUUAAUUGGCUCCAGCAUGUUCCCAGCGGGACGCUCCCUGUCCUGAGGGGUGGGGGAUUUAAAGGGAUGUGUGUUUGAUGGGGGCAGGAGGUUAUGGGGUGGUGGUAGAAAUGGCAGCUGAGUUAAUGGACUUGCUGGAAAAUUGGCCCUUGGUAUUUAUCCUAUUGCCUUUGAAAUACAGUUAACUCUCUAAACUGCAGCUUGUCUGCCAGGGCUUGACUGGCAUGACCCACCGCUGGCGGCAGGUCGUGGGGCCCACAAAUGGCACGUGCCGGUCCGGGACAGCAGUUUAUCUUUGCUAUGUAACACCGCUGAGAUUUUUUAGGGCUUGCGGGUGUCCUAGGAAUUAAAGGCUCCACCUACAAUUGAUUCCUGGAGCUUUGCAUCAGCCCAGCCUAGAGCACUUUGCUAAGCAGAGCCACAGCCUUCAUUCCAUUUUACAGAUGGGGAAACUGAGGCACGGCGCAGGGGCAUGACUUACUCCUGGACCACCAGCAGGCCCAGGGGCUGUGCUAGGGAUGAGAUUCGGGUGGCCAGUGCUCUAACCCUUCAGCCGUGCUCCCUCCUGCCUGCGUCAUAUUCCCCAGCCAGGAGGCCUCAGCUACCUCAUUGGGGCUCUCGCUUUUCUUAAGGCCUGCGGCUUUGGAGCAGAAGGAAAGGUUGAACUAAACAAGCCAGUCAAGCGAGUCCUUCACAGCUGAGGAACGGACGCAGGACAGGAACAGGAAGCCAAAAAAUCUCACAAAGCGACAGUCAUGAGGGACCAGGUGACCUAAAAUAGUUUGGAUCUCAGCGUACUGUCUCUAGGGACCACAGCGAGACAGGGCAGGCUGUACUGUACCAUUUCGUUUAAUCUUUGGCCUAAGCAGCCGGUUGUGUAAGGGCCACGGCCCACUGCAUUAAAGGUCUUUAGGCACGUGCCGCUGUCACGGACUCUCAGAUCGUGGCCCCGUGCGGUCCGUGGGGGGUGCCCCUUCCAGUGCGACAGCCCUUCUCGGGGGUCCACUCUGUCGGGGUCAGGCCCCUCCACCUCCCGGAGCCUUCGCACACCUGGUUCUCACUGUGCGCCCCCUCAGGGAGUCCACGCGCUCUGGACCCCCCGGGCCU